AAUAAACGAAUGAAGAAGACUCAGUCCAUACUCUUGUCACUACUCAUUAGUGGCAGUUCUUUAAUAGGUCAUCAUUAGUGGAGGCGGUAAUAAAUCUGUUUGUCCGUUCGUAAACCUCUGAAGAAGAGGCAGAAGCAUAACAAAAGGUCUUAAAAGUUGCAGUCAUAUGUCGUCUCAGUCAUAGCUACCGGGCAGGUCGAAUGUAUAUAUACCCUCCUUGUUUUUUAUAUCUGGCGUCUUCUUCCUGUUACCCUGCUGACAUGCAAACCACAAACUCGUGACCCAAACAAAACGAGAUGGUUAUUCUUCUCUUCAAGACUGACCUGGGUCUACGGGCUGAAAGUACGACUGUGAUCUUUUAGAUGACACAGCUGACUGCACCAGAGAAAUGGACUAUCUACUGCAGGUGAAAGUCGGAGCUCUAGUUGCUUUACUAUUUUUAACUCUUUUAUUUGGAUUUAUCCCUGCUCGGCUGAAAUGGUUCAGGAACGGGAAUGGUACAGGAACCCACCGAGUGGUUCUGAGUUUAAUCAGCUGUUUUGCUGGAGGGGUGUUCCUGGCAGCAUGUCUGCUCGAUAUUAUUCCAGACUACUUGGGAGACAUCAACACUGAGCUGGAUGCUCGGGGAUUACAGAUAAGCUUCCCCCUCCCGGAAUUUAUCAUAGCCUCAGGCUUCUUCUUGGUCCUCAUUUUGGAGAGAAUUGUACUUGACUGCCAACAUGCCCAUGGUGACCAUGAGGAGAGGGCUCUCCUCAUUCCCGCAAAUGGGCGGGAUACUGGGCACGGGCACGGGCACGGGCACUCCUCGGGCCAGGACCUGGAGGACAGUGGGCCCCACAUGCAUGUGGACUUCCAGGCCCACUCCUCCUUCCGCUCCUUCAUGCUCUUCCUCUCUCUCUCAUUUCACUCCAUAUUCGAGGGCCUUGCCAUAGGCCUGCAGAGGACUGACUCCAAGGUCUUGGAGAUCUGCAUUGCCAUCCUGGUGCACAAGAGCAUCAUCGUGUUCAGCCUGUCUGUGAAGCUGGUGCAGAGCGCCGUGCGUCCUGCAUGGGUGGCCGCCUACAUUUGCGUGUUCGCCGCAAUGUCGCCGCUGGGCAUCGCCGUCGGCAUCGGCCUGACGGAGGCGGCGCUGCCGUCGGGCGCUCUGAUCCAGGCCGUCCUGGAGGGCCUGGCCGCGGGCACCUUCGUCUACAUCACCUUCAUGGAGAUCCUCCCGCACGAGCUCAACUCUCCCGAGAGGCAGCUUCUUAAGGUGCUCUUCAUCCUGCUGGGCUUCAGCACCAUGGCAGCACUCACCUUCCUGGACUAGCGGUGAAUGGUGUUCCUCAGUCUCCACUCUGUGCCAGGCUGCCUAGAGUUGAUCAAGAGAGAGAGAGGUGCAGCGUCUAUUUUAGCUUUCUUAUGUUUUAAAUUUAGGUUCUCAUUUCCUGAGGAGGCAGAUUGUAUAUUUAUCCUUUUUUCUGUUUUGUUUAGAUUUUAUGUAUUUCUGAAUCGUGAUGAUAAUGUCUGGAUUGACUGGGCUAACAAAAGAGCAAAGAGGCUAAGGUAUUACUGCUUUCAUGCUGUUGUCCUCCACUUUUGUGCCUGACCUUUGACAAGACUGGUAUAACUACUGAUAACAAAGGGGUGUCACUGACUUUUUUUCAUUGAAUCAUGUUAAUGUUUGUCCGUUAAGUCAAUACUUCCAUUGCUGAAUUGUUUACAAAUUAUUUUUACCCUAUUACAAAGGGAAAAGAUAGGUAUUUGAUUCCAGCUAAA